AGGGAGCUUCUGGACGUUGUCUCCGGAAAAAUGUUGCAACGCGCGAGGUACCGUGGAGAAGAGGCGGGCUUAGCGGUUUGGGCAACCCUGUGGAGGAGAGUGGGAUCGGCGGAUCGCCCUCGCGAGGACCCUGCGCGGCAUCGAGGAGGAGCCAGCCGCCGCUUGCCGGGUCUGGGACUGGCUGCCUCCAUGACACGGUUCCCUCCCUCCCAGCUCUUGGGGCAACAAAGGCCACCAUUCCGUCUAGCCGCCAGUCCCCACCUGCACAGCCUACUCGCCCUCCUCCUCGGGCACCAAGACGGGAGGCGCCAGCUCCUCCAGAUCCACGCCCAGCUCGUUGCCCACCAGGCGUUCGGCCAAAGUCCCGCGCCGUGGCGCGCCCUCCUCCAGGCCUACUCCCGCGGCCCUUUCCCCCAGGAGGCCCUGCACCUCUUCAGGCACGCGCGCCGGUACCUGGCUGAUGACACAUUCGCCUUCGCCUUCGCUCUCAAAGCUUGCGCGGGUCUAGGGUGGCGACGGGCCGGCGCCCAGCUCCACGGGCUUCUGAUCAGGAAGGGAUUUGAGUUUCAGGCCUACGUGCAUACUUCCCUUGCCAGUGCGUACGUUGUGUGCGGGUGUUUGGAGGAAGCUCGAAGGGCGUUCGAUGAAAUGCCCACGAAGAAUGUGGUCACUUGGAAUGUGAUGAUCACUGGAUUUGCUGCGUGGGGUGAGGUUGAGUACGCAAGGAUUCUGUUUCAGCAAAUGCCCUGCAGGAAUGUUGUCUCGUGGACCGGACUGAUUGAUGGAUAUACACGUGCUUGUCUUUAUGGGGAGGCUGUCGUUCUGUUCCGCCACAUGAUGGCAGGAGGCAUUAGCCCGAGCGAGAUAACUGUUUUGGCAGUGAUUCCUGCAAUAUCUAAUCUUGGAGGGAUCCUUAUGGGUGAGAUGCUGCAUGGCUAUUGUGAGAAAAAUGGUCUCGUGUCAGAUGUCCGGGUCGGGAAUUCACUCAUAGACAUGUAUGCUAAGAUUGGCUCUGUGCAAAACUCACUAAAGGUGUUCAAUGAAAUGCUGGAUAGAAGAAACUUGGUGUCAUGGACAUCGAUAAUUUCAGGUUUUGCAAUGCAUGGGCGGUCAACUGAGGCCGUCGAGCUGUUUGCGGAGAUGAGAAGAGAAGGGAUUAGACCCAACAGAAUCACCUUCUUGAGUGUCCUCAAUGCUUGCAACCAUGGGGGCCUGGUGGAGAAAGGAUUAGCAUUUUUCAAAAGCAUGGUUUACGAGUAUAAUAUCAAUCCAGAGGUCAAGCAUUUUGGGUGCAUCAUAGACAUGCUAGGUAGGGCUGGACGAUUGAGUGAGGCUGAGCAAAUAAUAGAGGGUUUGCCUGUGGAGGUUAAUGUAGUUGUAUGGAGGACACUGUUGGGCUGCUGCAGUAAGUAUGGAGAAGUUGAGAUGGGGCAGAGGGCGAUAAAGAAGAUACUGAACUUAGAAAGAGAAUCUGGAGGUGAUUUUGCGGUGUUGUCUAAUAUGCUUAAUGAGUUUGGUUGGUUCAGCGAUGCUGAACAAGCACGAAAGCUAGUAGAUGAGAGGAAAACCGUUAAGGUUCCUGGGCUUGCUUUGGUUGGUGAAAUUCAGUAGUCAGCAUCAGUUGUUGAGUCUAAUAAGAACCAAACAUUGGAAGAAGCUCUCUGCAUUUUGUUGCAACUGAUUCAUGUAUAUGCUGUUUGCGGUGAUCUGAUAUACGAAAGAUCUGUCUUUGAUGAGAUGCUAGUUAAGGAUGUAGUAUAAUGGAAUUCCUUGAUAGGUGGAUACUGCCAGCACAUAGGCUAAAAGAGGUUCUGGCAAUUCAAGUCAAUGCAAGAUGAAUUCCAAGUUGAUAAGGUUACAAUGGUCAAUCCUUCAAGGUGAUUUCAGCUUGCACUCGUCUAGGAGAAUUAUUUUUUUAUAACAAUCUAGGAGAUCGAAACAUGGCAGAUUGCAUGGUUAGCUUUCACAUGAAGGAUAAGAACACCAUGACACUGAAUGCAAUGAUAACCAGAUACACAAAAGGAGGGAAUUUGGUCUCAACGAAGAAACUAUUGAAUCAAAGUUUGUAAAAAGAUUUGAUUUCAUGGAGUUUUAUGAUAUGUACGUACUCACUGGCUCGUUGCUUUCUCUGAUGCUCUGGAGCUCUUCAGGCAGAUGCAGAGCGCCAAGGUGAAAGCAGUUGCCAUCGUGAUUGCCAAUUUACUUUAUGCUUGCACACACUUGUCUGCACUCGGUAUUGGUAAGUGCAUUCAUGACUAUGUGAGCAACAGAAUCAAAGCUGACAUUAUUAUUGACAACCCUCUGAUGUAUGCAAAGUGCGGGAGCGUGCACCGUGCUGGUGCUAAAAGUCUUCAGAGAAUUUAAAGAGGACACCCUGUCAUGGAACUCAAUCAUAUUAGGCCAAAUGCACAGAAACAUUUUUCGCAGUAUGCUCACUGAAUGUCUCAGACCAAAUGAGGUUCCAUUCCUCUAUGUGCUGAUCGCCUGUGCCAUCAGGCAAUUGGCUCAGGAAUGCCUUGACAACUUUGAAAGCAUGAAAUCGGUCCACAACUUGGAACCACCGAUGAAGCAUUACUGCUUGCAGUGUAAUUGAUCCAGCUAGCUAGAAUAAGGUUGCAUAUUAUUGUCGUGCUUGUAAUAUUACGAGGUCUGUGGCCAGUAUUGCCAGUGUUGCCGCGCUGUUUAAUGCACUAAUCAGCUCAUGUUGCAUGAUCAAUUCAUUACUAUGAGAAUAGAUAGCAUUGUCCCCUA